AUUCUCUAAUCAAAAUAACAUUCUAAAAAUUGUUAUGUGUAUUUCCUUCGUUCAGUUCUUCCAUUCAACGUUGUAUUUUCGUGACAUAUUUGACAUUCGAAUUUUAUGACGUGUCGGCGGGUGUCAAGGGAAACAAAAAUUCAUUUUUGCGGUGUCGGACGUAGCUGAUUUUUAGUUUUAAAAUGCUUAGAAUAAAUCCGAUCUUUCUCCUUUUUGCGAUUUCGCUGAUUGAAACCAGCUAUGGAUUGUAUUUUCACAUUGGUGAAACAGAGCGUAAAUGUUUCAUCGAAGAAAUUCCGGAUGAGACUACAGUGAUAGUCAACUACAAGGUGGAACUACACGAUCCGAGAUCCGGCGGGUACAUGCCCUCCUCACCUGGAAUAGGUAUGCAUGUCGAGGUCCGAGACUCGGAGGAGAAAGUGAUUUUGUCGCGUGUGUACAGCGCCGAGGGUCGCAUAUCGUUUACCUCACAUACACCCGGCGAACACACAAUUUGCAUGUACUCGAACAGCACAGCAUGGUUUAGCGGGUCUCAGCUUCGCGUUCACUUAGACAUCCAAGUAGGCGAACAUGCUAUUGACUAUGCGAAUGUCGCACAAAAGGAGAAACUCACGGAACUGCAACUUCGCAUUCGUCAGCUUCUGGAUCAGGUUGAGCAGAUCACGAAGGAACAGAACUACCAGCGAUACCGAGAGGAAAGAUUCCGACAAACGAGCGAAAGUACGAAUUCGAGAGUUUUGUGGUGGUCGCUUGCCCAGACUGUUGUCCUCCUUACGAUGGGUGUUUGGCAAAUGCGACAUUUGAAGAGCUUCUUUGAGGCGAAGAAAUUGGUGUAAAUCGAAUAGUUACAUGAGAAGGAGCCAGUCGAGAUUAAGUUUAGUAAUGAAAUUUCUUUUUGUUCAUGAUUUUCACAAUAAAAUGUAAAAGAAUUAAG